AAAAAGCAAAAUGGCCGUAGCUGUGCGCUUAGUUGAGGUUCUGACCUUAAUUACACUGCUAGGAAUGCUGACGGGAAUAUCAAUUGUGAUCGUGAUUCUGCAACGCGUAAUCGUGAUUACUUUAUAUUUGCUCGGUCCCAUAACAGCAACAGUGGGCGGUAUACUAUAUGCUUCAGAAAAAAUACUUGUCGGAGCAUUAAUGAGUAUAUUGAAUUUAACUACAGCACUUAGUACCUCAACUUGAACCUACAACGUAUUUAAAAUUCUUGGUUGUGCAAAAGGGGACUUUAAUCAUGUACUUUAAAGAUGAAAAAAAAAUGUAAAAUUUAUGUAAUGUCACGAAUAACUUAUGUUUACUUUAUUUAUUUUUGCGUACUUUUAUUAGUGUUAAAAUUUUUUUAGUUUUCAAAUACACAGUAGUAAAAUCUAUUGAUAUUUAAA